GUUAUCUGUCCAUAAAUGCACAUAAAUGGGAAUGGAAAUGGCACGGACUGACGUUUCUGUAGCGGAUAAAAGCAAGCAUGUGUAGCAGGUAAAAAUAAUUGGCGAAGAAUUUAAGUACGUGGUGAAAUCUGAGAUUCUUAAAAAAUUGAAGAGAAUUUAUUAAGAAACAUAAAAUCAUGUCGGACCCGGAGCUUGAAGCUAUCCGUCAACAACGCUUAGCACAGCUGCAGACCCAGUACAAGGGUGAAGAUGGAGGCAAUCAACAAGCCAUGGAACAGAAGAGGCAGCAAAUGGUGGAUAUGAGAAAUUCUAUUCUGUCACAAGUACUGGAUCAAUCAGCAAGAGCAAGACUGAACACACUUUCUUUGGGUAAGCCAGAAAAGGGAAAAAUGGUCGAGGAUUUGCUGUUAAAUAUGGCGCAACGUGGUCAACUUCCUGGUAAACUUGGGGAAAAGGAACUUAUUGGUUUACUAGAAUCUGUCAGUCAACAAACUCAGAAGAAAACAACCGUUAAGUUUGACAGACGUAGAGCAGCUCUGGAUUCGGAUGAAGAUGACUUAUAGCAAAUACAUGCAUCACAUGGCUUUAAAUUCAGUGUUUUUCGCUCUCGCCAUGAUCAUACAGCGAGCAGGUAAUUGAAAUUUCUGAGGGAAUAACUUUUUCAAUGAAUUUAAAAAAUAACUGGUAUUAAUUGGAAACAACUACACAAUGAAAAGGCAUAUAUAAUAUACCAAUACUCAGCAAUAGUGAGACAAUUCUUAGAAAUUUAUGCCAUUCCUAUGUUUAUAAUCACAUAACACAAAUUAUUCUAAAAUCAUGUAUAAUUCACCUGUAGGAAUUGAAGCACAUUUUUAUUUUAAUUAAAUACUAAUUAAUAUUCAUAA